AACCCUAAACCCUCGCUAUAUCAACCCCAUCAUCCCUCUCUUCUCUUUUAGCCUCCGCUGUAACCCAGAGCCACAGAAAAGAAUUGGAGGUGUUGUUGUUGCAUUUCGUCAAUGGCUUCAACAACAACAGCAGCAGCAGCAUCAAGAUUGCUCCUUGGAAACGGGAAGUCAAUGUCUCAGCUGCUACGCAGCCAGAUUUUUGGUAGCUCCCGAAUUGUCGGCAGCGCUGCCCAAAAUCUCGAAAGAUUUCAGUCACUGUUGAUUUGCAGUCAGGUAUUUACUACCCAAAAGCCCAUUUUCGCCGAAUCGUAUCCAGUUCUCCAAGCUGGGCUUUUGGGCUCUGUUUUGGGGGAGAAGCAGGGGAUUUUGCAGAACUCAAACUCCGCUGCUGGAAACCAAUUUGGUGUGGUCGAGGCUCGUGGGUUUCGCAGAGAAAUCGAGGAUGAGGAGAAGGAGGUGGAGGGUUCUGAUUUUGAGGAUGAGGAUUUUGAUGCGGAUGAUUUUGUUGAUGACAGUGAAGAUGAUGACGGUGAUUUUGAUGAUGAAGAAGACGACGAAGAAUAUGCGGGACAGAGAAAAUAGAAUAAUCUUUUCCUUACUAUUCUUCUCAUUAUGAAUCGUCUUUUUCGUUUCAUCUUUUUUUUUUUACUUUGGUUACGAAGAAAAAUCUGGAUUUGUCAAUCGGCAAGGGAAUGAAAGUUGGGUUUUUAAUCUGUUUGUGUUUUUAUCUUGUUCUUUAUAUUUACUGUGAAUGAAAAUAUUAUUCAGUCUCUGUCCGUUCUUGGCGCUGAA